AUGGCGUCACGCGCGGCGGGCACGAUAAUCGAGCAGCGUCUCCACCGCAUCGGUCUGGAACAGCCGGACCCCCAUAUCCGCCAGACGGCCCCAGACGGCGGCCGGAUCGCGACGCGCCUCGGGAUCGCCGCCCAUGCCGGUGACGAAGCCGUGGAACAGCGUGUUGAUCCAUACCGGGACGCCCAGCGCCUUGGCGCGGCGCAGGACCGAGGGCAGGGUGGUGACCGGCAGCACCGGCAAUUCGACGGCGAUCGGCUUGACCGCCCGCGCAUCUGCUGGUCGAUGAUCCGGGGGUACAUCCACCGCGUCCGGAUCGGCGGUGAUCAGGAUCGGUGCGAACGGCACGCGGUCAUAGGGGCGAUGGCGGCGAGCGGCACCGAGGCGACCCGGCGAAGGUCUUCGAUCACCCGGUCCUGCGCGCCUGCGCGGUUGAGGACGAUCCGGUCCUGGCGAGCGCCAGAGUUCGUCGAGCGUCUGGACACGCUCGUCCGUGAUCGCGGCCGUCGGGCCACCUUUCGUCCUGACGCAGCCGAAGCGCCUUCAACUGCGCGAGGUCAGGUCGGCGAUCUUGCCGGUUCCGUCGGUCGUCCGAUCGACGCGCUCGUCAUGCAUGAUGACGAGAUGACCGUCGGCUGCGCCGCACAUCGGUUUCCAUCACAUCGGCCCCCCCAGCGCCACGCAUUGCAUUAG